AUGAAUCAAAUAGAUCUCAUUAGAGGUGAAACACCCGUUGAUAUCGCAGACAGAUGUUUGCAAUUAUGCAAAGAGUAUUUGUCAGACGUUUGGACACAACAAACGGUUGACACCAUUGAAGUGAGAAGAAUAUCCGGAGGAAUGACUAAUCAGUUGUAUUACUGCGGCAUUAAAAGUGCCGAUGGAGUGUCGACAACAGUUCCCCGAGAAGUGGCCGUCAGAUUGUAUGGACCGAAGUAUUUCAAUAACGAUGGGUUGGCUGAUGAGAGACUGACCGACAUUAUUAUUGGCUUAAUGGUGUCCCGGAAUGGAUUGGGUCCCAGAGUAUACGGUAUGUUUACUGGGGGACAGAUUCAAGCCUAUUAUAAACACCGGCAAUUCACAAAAGCAGAGCAAAAUAAUCCACAACUUGUGCGGCAAGUGUUUGAAGGGUUGGCUCGCGUGCACGCCAUGGAUGUGCCCACAAAGCGUGAGCACUGGUUCUUCAGAAAUGCUGACAAAUGGUAUAUUAGAGCGCAAAACAACGCCGAAACUCAAACCCUAAUAAAAGAACUCAAUUUAGAAACUUUGAAAACACAUUCACUGAAAGCGGAGAUGGAUUUUCUUAAACAAGUUGUGGACAAAUGCGAGAGUCCAAUGGUUUUCUGUCACAACGACUUCCGGAGCUCUAAUAUAAUGGUAUUGGAAGACAACGAUUGUAAUGCAAUUAUCGACAAAAAUAUUUUAUUUUGCGAUUACGAGUACUCGAGCUAUGGAUACCGGGGCCACGACUUUGGCACUCUAGUCAACGAAUGGGGCCGAUCUAUGGAGGACUUUAAAAAGCCACGCAUCUAUCCCGACAACUCCACUCUUUUGCCACUCAUUGAGAUGUAUGUAAAAGAGUCUCAACGAGUAUUAGGCAACAAAUUUUCAGAUAAUAAACUCAAUUCAGUCGAACACAUACUGAAAGAAAUGAAAAUAUUUGCUUUGGUUAUCUCGAUGUUUGGCGUUUUGUUUUGCCUCAAACAAGACAGUCGUGAUAGAGAUGCUCUUGAUAUGGACAAGAAAUUGGCCAUGGUUGUAAAAGCAAAGAAAACACUGAAAGAGUUGAAAUCACUGGACGAACUGGACAUCGACCAUGUUGAUUUCACCCGAGGUGAUACACCCGUUGAUAUCGCCGACAGAUGUCUGCAAUUAUGCAAACAGUAUUUGUCGGGCGUUUGGACACAACAAACGGUGGACACGAUUGAAGUGAAACGGAUCACCGCAGGAAUGACUAAUCAGUUGUAUUACUGCGGCAUUAAGAGGGGGGCCGACGAAGUGUCGACACCAGUUCCACGAGAAGUGGCCGUCAGAUUGUAUGGACAGAAGUAUUACAAUAAUGGCGACACUGAGAACGAGAGGCUGACCGAUAUUGUUGUGGGUCUAAUGGUAUCCCGUAAUGGAUUGGGUCCCAGAGUGUACGGUAUGUUCACUGGGGGGCAGAUUCUGGCCUAUUAUAAGCACCGACAAUUUGAACUAGAUGACCAAAAUAAUCCACAACUCGUGAGACAAAUGAUUGAAGGGUUGGCUCGCGUGCACGCCAUGGAUGUGCCCACAAAACGCAAGCACUGGUUCUCCACUAUUGCUUACGAUUGGUAUCAAAAAUUACAAAAUAACUCUAAAACCCAAACACUGAUCAAAGAAGUCAAUUGCGAGGCAUUAAAAACACAUGAUUUGAAAGCGGAGAUCGAGUUUGUAAGUGAAUGGGCCGACAGGUCCGGGAGUCCACUGGUUUUCUGUCACAAUGACUUUAAAAGGGCUAAUAUAAUGGUAUUGAAGGACAAGGACUGCAACGACAAUAUUGAUGAAAAGGUAUUGUUUUGCGAUUACGAGUACUCGAGCUAUGGAUACCGGGGCCACGACUUUGGCACUCUGGUCAACGAAUGGGGCCGAUCUCUACAGGAUAUGAGGAAACCAUAUGUCUAUCACAAGGACUCCACUCUUAUACCAUUGAUUGAGAUCUAUGUAAAAGAAUCUCAACGACUAUUAGGCAAACGAUUCACUGAUAAUAAAGUGAAUUCAGUUCAACACAUACUAAAAGAAGUGAAAAUAUUUAGCCUGAUAUUAUUUGGUCUUAAAAACGACCCUGAUUCAUCCAACUCGAUUCAAAUCGACAUGAAAAUAAUCGUGACAAUAUUGACCAGAGGAGAGACUCCGGAAACAAUUAAAGACAAAUGUCUUGAGUUAUGCAAAGAGUAUUUGUCAGACAAUUGGAGACAACAAACGGUUGACACGAUUUCUGUGCGAAGAAUUACUGGCGGUUUGACUAAUCAAUUAUAUUACUGCGGAAUCACUUCGCCGUCCAUCGAGUCUACUGUAGCCCAAGAAGUGUGUGAACGUUUAAGUGAUGUGAUCACAGCUCUUAUGGUCUCUGAGAAUAAUUUGGGGCCAAAAAUAUACGGACUCUUCGAUGGCGGACAGAUUCAACACUUUUACCACGUCCGAAAAUUUACAGUUGAAGAACAGAAUAAUCCUAAACUAGUGGAGGAAUUAUUUAGAAAGUUGGCUCAAAUCCACGCCAUGGAAGCGCCUCUUCCUAAGAGAGAAUGGAUUCUUAAAGAGAUUGAUCUCCACUAUAAAGAAGCGUUCAAACGGUUCCCAAUCAAUGAAUUGAUUGAUAAAUACAAUUGCAAAACAUUGAAGGAAAAUAAUUUGAAAGUUGAGAUUCAAUGGCUUAAAGAGAUUAUCCCAAAAACCAAUAGUCCAAUAGUUUUCUCGCACAACGACUUGUGGAGCAAUAAUAUAAUGUUAUUAAACAAAGAGACCGAUUCCGGGGAUCACUUGGUUUUCUGUGACUUUGAGUUCUCGAGUUAUGGUAACAGAGGCUAUGAUUUUGGAUCGCUUUUGGGUGAAUGGGGUAGAGAUGUGUUUGAGAUAUUCAACGACCAGACAUUUAUUGCCGACCCUAUUGUCAAACAAUUACUACACUAUUAUAUCAGUGAAAAUGAGACCAUUUUUGGUGAGAGUUGGUCUCAAAAUGAGAACAAUUCAAUGGAUCAGCUCAUCAAAGAAGUCAAAAAUCUAGCUGAUGAACAAUUCAAGAAUUACUAUCUUUUAAAGAAACAAUUUAAUAAAAGCAGUGAAAUCUACUGUAACCAACUGUACCUAAAAUUUGAUGAACUCGUGAGAGGAGAGACUCCCGAAGAUAUCCAAGAAAAAUGUCUUCAAUUAUGCAAAGAGUAUUUGUCAGACAAUUGGAGACAACAAACGGUGGAUACGAUUUCUGUGCGAAGAAUUACCGGCGGUUUAAGUAAUCAAUUAUAUUAUUGCGGAAUCACUUCGCCGUCCAUCGAGUCGACUGCCCCUCAAGAAGUGGCCAUAAGAUUAUACGUCAACGAUGUCUAUAAGACUGUAGACAACAAUGGAUGUGAAGUAAUAAAAGAAAUAAAAAAUGAGCGCUUAAAUGAUGUGAUCGCGUCUUUUAUAAUGUCCACAAAUAAUUUGGGGCCAAAAAUAUACGGACUCUUCGAUGGCGGACAGAUUCAACAAUAUUACCAUAUUCAAAAAUUUACAGUUGAAGAACAGAAUAAUCCUAAACUUGUGGAGGAAUUGUUCCGAAAGAUGGCUCGAAUCCACGCCAUUGAAGCGCCUCUUCCUAAGAGUGAAUGGCUUCUCAAUAAAAUUGAUGUUCACUAUAAGGAGGCGUCCGAAAGUCCGAUAGUCUUUUCGCACAACGACUUGUGGAGCCCUAAUAUAAUGUUGUUAAACAAAGAGACCGAUUCCGGGGAUCAGUUGGUUAUCUGUGACUUUGAAUGGACGGCUUAUGGCAGUCGAGGCAUUGAUUUUGGAUGUCUUUUCGGAGAAUGGGGUCGAGAUUUGUCUGAAAUACAUAACGACCAGACAUUUGUUGCCGACUCUGUUGUCAAACAAUUACUACAACAUUAUAUCCGUGAAAAUGAAAUAAUUUUUGGCAAGAGUUGGUCUCAGAAUGAGAACAAUUUAAUGGAUCAGCUCUUGAGAGAAACAAAAAAUGACGAGACAAUUGACAGAUUGCCCAUGGAUAAACAACAAUUUAUGAAUUUAGCUGAAAGUCUAUUCAGGAAUUAUUAUCGUUUGAAGAAUCAAUUUACUUACAAGACAUAUAAAGUAAUAGGAGAGACUCCCGAAGGUAUUAAAGAAAGAUGUCUUGAGUUAUGCAAAGAGUAUUUGUCAGACAAUUGGAGACAACAAACAGUGGACACGAUUUCUGUGCGAAGAAUUACCGGCGGUUUAAGUAAUCAAUUAUAUUAUUGCGGAAUCACUUCGCCGUCUAUCGAGUCGACUGCCCCUCAAGAAGUGGCCAUAAGAUUAUACGGCAAAAAAGUGUACAAUAAUUUAGAGAGCAAUGGAUGCGAAAGAAUAACAGAUAUAAGGAUUGAGCGAUCAAUUGAUGUGAUCACAUCUCUUAUGGUUUCUGAGCAUAAUUUGGGGCCAAAAAUAUACGGACUCUUCGAUGGCGGACAGAUUCAACACUUUUAUCAUGUUCACAAAUUUACAAUCCAAGAGCAAAAUAAUGCCAAACUAGUGGAGGAAUUGUUCCGAAAGAUGGCUCGAAUCCACGCCAUGGAAGCGCCUCUUCCUAAAAAGGAUUGGAUUCUCAAUGAGAUUAAUCUGCUCUAUAAGGAGGCGUCCGAUAGGUUUUCAUUUGAAGAACUGUUUCAUAAAUACAAUUGUGAAACAUUCAAAGCAAAUGACUUGAGUGUUGAAAUCCAAUGGCUUAAAGAAAGCAUCCAUAAAGUCAAAAGUCCGAUAGUCUUCUCGCACAACGACUUGUGGAGCCCUAAUAUAAUGGUCCUAAACAAAGAGACCGAUUCCGGGGAUCAGAUGGUUAUCUGUGAUUAUGAAUCCUCGAGUUAUGGCUAUAGAGGUAUUGAUUUGGGCAGCCUUUUGGGCGAAUGGGGUCGACCGCUGUCCGCAAUCUUUGCCGACCAGGAAGUGGUCGCCGAUUCUAUCAUUUAUGGCGAGAGUUGGUCUCAAAAUAGCAACAAUUCAAUGGAUCAGCUCUUGAGAGAAACCAAAGUGUUUUCGUUGGCAAAUAAAAUGUUAAUACUAUUGAUUUGCCUGAAACAUGACGAAACAAUUGACAGCUUACCGAUGAAUAAACAACAAUAUAUGCUGAAAGUCUAUUCAGGAAUUAUUAUCGUUUGA